AUGGCGGGGCGGGCGGCGGCGCUGCUCGUGGCCGUGCUGGGCGCGGGGGCCGCGGGGCUGAGCCUGGAGCCGGUGGUCUGGCACACCGGGAACCGGCGGUUCCAGGCCGACGGUGGCUACGUCCUGUACCCUCAGAUCGGUGACCGCCUGGACCUGGUGUGCCCGGGGGGGGCGGGCUACGAGUACUACAAGCUGUACCUGGUGGGCGGGGCGCAGGCGCGGCGCUGCCAGGUGCCCCCCGGCCCCGCCCCCACGCUGCUGCUCACCUGUGACCGCCCCCAGCGCGACGUGCGCUUCACCAUCAAGUUCCAGGAGUUCAGCCCCAACCUCUGGGGACACGAGUUCCGCCGCCAGCACGACUAUUACAUCAUCACCACGUCGGACGGGACCCCCGAGGGGCUGGAGAAUCGCCAGGGCGGGGCCUGCCUGACGCGGGCCAUGCGCGUCACCCUGCGCGUGGGACAGCGCCCCGGGGCGGAGCCGCCGCCGGACCCGGACGGGACAGGUUCAGCCAAUCAGACGAGCCCGCCCGGGCCGGGCCCGCCCCCCGCGCGGGGGGGGGCGGUGCUGGGGGCGGCGGGGGGAGGGGCGGCGCUGCUGGCGCUGGGGGGGGCGGGGGGGGCCCUGUGGUGGCGGCGACGCCCCCGGAGACCCCCAAAAACCCCGAGGGGCGGGGCAGGGGCGGGGCCAGCGCGGCCACGCCCACACGGCCCCGGCCCCGCCCACCCCCUGCGCGAGCUGCCCCUCCCCCCCCGCAGCCCCUCCCCCCACGUACUACAAGGCCUCCGCCUCCCCCCCCCCUUCAGCUCCCGCUGUUGCCAUGGCAACGGGCCCGGCGCGCCCAUCCGUGACGUCACGGCGGCGCCGGCCAAUCGGAGCGCGGCUCGGCUGUUGUUGCUGGGGGGCGGGCGGGGGUCACGUGACCCCGGUGGAGGAGGGGGGGUCCGGCGGGGGUCCUCGUGCGAGGGGGUCACUCCCCCCAGCACCGCCGCGGUGGGCGUGUCCUCGCGGCGAAGUGGGCGUUCCCCUCUGCAGGGCGGGGCGCGCGGUGGGCGUGCCCUCUCCAUAUAUGGGCGCGGCUCGCGCGCGCCCUCCCUCCGUAGGCGUGGCCAGCGCUCCCUCAGCCCCUUGGUGGGCGUGUCCCGGCGGAUCGGGGGGCGGUACCUCCUCGGUGGGCGUGUCCCGGCGGCGGAGGCGUGUCCCUCUCCCCCUGUGGGCGUGUCCGGGGGCGUGUCCGGGGCGGGCGGGGCGCGCGGCUCUCGGGUCCUUUGUUUGAGCGAGGCCGGAGCCGCGGAGCCGCCGCAGCGCCGGGGCCGGGCCGGGACCCCCGGGACCCCCCCGCACCCGGCACCCCCCGGGACCCCGCCGGCACCCCACGGACACACCGGCACCGGCAGCGCCGCAGUCCCAGGCCAUGGCUGGCGCGUAGCCCCUCCCCCACAGGACCACGCCCUCGGACACGCUGAGCCAGAGCCGGAAGGGAGCGAUGAUUGGCUGCCAGGCGAGAGGCGCGCUGUGAUUGGCCGGUUCCUGGAGAGCGUCGCGUCAUCGGUGUAUGCGGCAGUGAGGGAGGGGCCGCCCCCGCCCAGCAGCCGCCCCCUCCCCCCCCCCACGGGGGGGCUGCGGGGGGACCCAGCCCUCCCCCGCCCCACGAGUGGCCGAUGCAUCGCGCCGUGGAGCCCCUGGGGGGCCGGGCCGGACGGGACCCCUUCGCCGUGGGGAGCCUGGGCUGCGGUGGGGGCUGGGCCGGCUGCCCCCCCCGGGCCUGGCUGCCCCCCCCCAGGUGCUCCUCCAGCCUCGGGCCGGCGCCGCUGCCCCCCCACCUGACGCCCCCCCCCAGCGGAAAUGGGGGGCCGCCCCUCCCCCACAAGGCCUUCUACCCCCCGG